AUGGACCUCUGGUGUUGGCUGCUGUCUCUCCUGCCAGUAUCUGGGGCUCUGAAGAUCAUCCCAGAAGUCAAGAUGGAGGGGAAACUAGGAGGAUCCAUUACCUUUAAGUGUCCACUGCCUCCAGUGUAUUCAAGGAUCUACCUGUGCCGGGAAAUGGCUGCCUCUGGAAGGUGUAACACCAUGGUGUCUAGCGGGAAGUCUGGGGACUUUCUCAAGAAAGAAUACUCUGGUCGGGUCACCCUGAAGGCGGACCCAUGUAAGAAACUGUUCCUGGUUCAGAUGACGGAGAUGAGGCAGCAUGACAGUGGCGUCUAUGCCUGUGGGAUGGGCUGGGUCACAGACCGGGACAAGACCCAGAAAAUCACCCUGAGCAUCCGUGAGCAUGAUCCUUUCUGGGAUGGAGAACCUGCCACCGAGGAGCUGCCACCUCAGACCCCAGAGUGGCUUCACCAACCUCUAUACCUGACAACAACCCUCGUGCCCGCUUGGCUCUUGAUGCCUGAAGAUGCCAGUCCUUCUGAACUCCUAGUUGAAGAUUUCCUGACUCUGGAAAGAAGAACCUUCAACUAUGGAUCGUCUGGUUCUGAAAACCAUGGUUUUCACAUCCUGAUCCCCACCAUUCUGGGCCUUCUGCUACUGGCUCUGCUGGGCAUGGUGGUGAAAAGGGCCGUUCGGAGGAGGAAAGUCUUGUCCAAAAGGGUCCGCCGCCUGGCCAUAAGGAUGCGAGCUUUGGAGGCCUCCCAGCGGCCCCGGAGGCCCCAGGUGUCAGCCCGGCAGCGUUCCCAAAACAUCUACAGCGUCUGCCCGAUGCGAGCCCGCGGAGCGAAUGCCGCCGCAGGAUCGGAGCAGGCAACUCUCCCAGGCCCAGGAGCACCCGAGCUCUCCUCCCCGCCCCCUGCCCAGAUCCAACACUGCGCCUUUGGUUGCUUCCAGGUGUCUGAAGCUCCCUGGUCCCAUGCUCCAUCCCUGAAGACCAGCUGUGAAGAUGUGAGCCGCUACCAGCAGCCUCCUGCUGAGGCGGAGGAUGAGGAGUCAGAUGACUACGUCAACCUCCCCAGCCUGACUCACCUUCCCAGCUGUCCUCCCAGGCCAGGACCUUUGUGCCAAUGA